AUGUCAUUGAUAAAUGAAAGCGACUAUGAGAACAACUCAUUCUCUUUCUUCGGACCGGUUGGCAUGGCUUUCUACGAUGACGGCAUGGUCUUAGAAAAUACUUUCACAAUCAAAAUCGCUAUCAGUGUAAUUCUAGGGAUAUAUAUGAUUGUGAGUGUGAUUGGAAAUGUUUGUACCCUGGUUGUGAUUGCCCAGGACCGUACCAUGCGGACUCCAACGAACUGCUACCUCGCCAAUCUCGCCAUUACAGACCUACUAACCGCUCUCUUCAUUCCUCUUGAUGUUUACAUUAUCUUCGUACCUGACUUCUAUCCUCUAGGAGAAGUAGGUUGUCGAAUGCAUUAUGUGCUCUGGGACGUUCUCAGUAACUGCAGCUUACUCAUCAUCACGGCCUUUACGAUCGAGCGGUACAUAAUAGUGAUGAAACCUUUUUUUCGUCAAAAGCUGACACUGAAUUCUCGGGUCUUCAAAAUCGUUGGUGUUAUAUGGCUCUUGUCGUUGAGUUUUUGUAUCCCUGACGUGUUCUACAUCGAUCUCUUGGAAAGAAAGGAAUAUGUGUUUUGUUACUUUUCCUUGACGAAAAUUGUGAGCAUCGUAGUUGCUAUAGAAGUUUUUGUAUUCUUUCUUAUACCAAUGACUACGAUUCUGAUAAUGUAUAUCAAAAUAAUGAUAAAAUUGAAGACGGUACAGAAAAAGUUGCGAGGUAGCCCCGUGGUUGGGAAACAGAACAGAGACAAAGCGGCGAAAAUGAUUGCGGCCGUCGCAGCAUCAUUCUUUCUUUCAUGGACUCCCUACUGCAUAUUCCGUAUUAUGACAGUAUUUCCGAAAUUCAAAUACGAAGAUUAUUAUAACGUUUGGAAGAUUAUCAACUACCUAUGUUACAAUGGCUACAUGUCCACAGCUGCGAACCCAAUACUUUACAGUUUAAUGUCCCGGAAAUUUCGACAAGCGUUUAAAGAUUUGUUAAAGACACCACGUGUUUUGAGCCGCAACAGCAUAACACAAAAAACUACGUCAACCCAUGAUUCAAUAGUGUAA